AUGGAUCUCUACUACCAAGAGCACGACGUGCGUCCGAACGAGCGCGACACUGCCUCGACUCAAACCUCAACGUCGACUGUGAUGCUACGCUUGGCCCUUCUCGUGGCGCGUAUGUCAGAAGCCACGGGCCCGGAACAUGAGCGCCUCGCCGCGGCGGUGGACCACCUGCUCGCGCAGGUCUCCGACACAGACCCGUCGAUGCCCGGCAAACCGCCCGCCUCGGCCGAGUCGAUCCGCACUCUCCCUGUCGUCAACAUGCGCCCCGGUCCCUCGGGCCCGUCCUCCUGUCCCAUAUGCACGGAGGAGUACGAAUUCAACGAGCCUGCAAAGCGUCUACCGUGCGGGCACACCUUCCACGCCGACUGCGUUGUACCGUGGCUGCGCAGCCACUGCACCUGCCCGCUAUGCCGUGCUGAGCUCCCCACGGAUGACCUUGCGUACAUGCAGCGCAAGCGGCUCGAAAAGCGCCGCGAGGCCGUGUCGCAACUGCAGCACCACAUGCUCAACUAG